GUAUGAUUACUUUUUAUCUUGAAGCUUUUUAUUUUGUAUAAAAUUAAUCAAUGAUAAUAUUUCUCUUUAGCAUGUUAACGAUCGGUCAAAAUUUACCGGUAGCCGUUUGUAAAUUAUCCUGUACUGGUCAAGGACCUAUAAUAUCCUUGCAACCAACUAAAAUGGACUUUGGCGAUGUCCAAGUUCUCCAAGAAAAGAUUAUGAAGUUAAAAGUUAUCAGUGACUCACCAAUUCCAGCUCAAUUUAAAAUUUCCUUAGUAAAUUCACCGUGGUCUGUGGAUCAAGUAACUGGUGAACUCGAAGAAAACGAAUCGAUGGAAUUGAACGUAAAAAUUUAUUUGCAUGAUCCUGGUAAAUAUGAGGAUAACAUUUCAUUGAUGAUACAUAACAACAGAAUAACGACCGUCAAUCUUAAAGCGGUCGGAGUUGGUUGCAGUAUUGUUUUUCAGCCAAAUAUAUUUCCCAUAUUCGACAUGGGAUUACUGCUCAGUCAUCAGAUGGUGAAUAUACCAAUCACCAUGAAGAAUCUUGGAAUGAAACAAUAUCAACUGAUGUGGUCGAAUACGCCAGAUCUACAUAUGCAGAAAGGACAAAUCGUAUCAUCGAUUAUUUCUAAGUUCCGACUGUAUCCAGUCGUUACCAGUUUGAAACCCAGUGAGACAAAAAUCGUUCAUUGCAAGAUAUGUUGGGAUCAGAAUGAAACAAUAAUGGAAGAUUGGUACUUAUUUGGAUGUGCACAAGGUCAAAGUAAACGAGAGCUAUUCGGUUUGAGUACUUUCAAGACCACGUUCACAGAACCGUAUGUUGUAUUUAACAAAAAGGAGUUAACGAUGCAAAUCGAUAUCUCUCCUUAUGGAAACGAAUUUCAUCAAAUAGACGAGGUCAUAGUAACGAAUAAAUCAGGAUUGGAUUUGAACGUUCAUCUUAAGAUCAAACGUCCAUUCUAUAUAAUAAGCGAAGAGAAAGAGUUUACAGAGAAAAUGAAGAUUUUGUUGACCAAUCAAGCUACCAUAAAAAUUUAUGUAAAAUUUGCACCGGAUAUGGAAAGCAGUAAUCUUUAUUCGAAGAUUUAUCAUAGUUUGUUAAUCUUCGAGUACGACGAACAUCCUAUAAAGAAUAAGAUUAAAUGUAAAGGAUCAGUGAAUUACCCAAAUCUUAUACUGAGUUCGCACGAGAUAAAAAUGUAUUGUGAAAAAGGUUGCAGUGAAGAAUAUAUCUUAAAAUUAACGAAUAAUGGCCCUAUUCCUGUGAUAUAUAAAUUCGUUUGGAUCAAAGAAACAAUUAAUAUAAUACGUGAUAUUGAGAAAUCAGCGAGAAUUUUGAAUGCCAUUGAAGAUCAAGAAUUAAAAUCAUGGCAAAAUAACAAUCAUUUGCAGAACCAACAAGUUGGUGCUGGUGAUGCUCCAUCGGAGUCCUUGAUAACACCUAUGAACACACCUAUAUCAAACGAACUAGAAACGCAAAGAACUUACACGGAUUCCGAAUUCGAGAUGAGCCAAGACAAAUCUUCAAAAUCCGAGGAAUCUGAGAUUCUACAAGAAAUAAAGAAGUUGUUAAUGAAUAUAGUCGACAUGCCUACAACUGAUAAUUCCGAUAUCGACGUUCUAAAAGUGAUCGGCUUCAAGCCUCGUUUCAUCGAACCUAUCAAUGAGAUACUUGACAUAGUACAGAGCGAAGGCAUCGUACCUCCCUAUACAUCUCAAAACGUACACUUUGGCUUUCAUGGAUUCGAACGUAUAGAAGUCGAUGUUACAGCUGUUUGCGAGAUCGUUUGUGGACCAACCGAGAUGAUCCAAGUAGAAGCGAAAGCUGAUACUGUAAGAUAUUCAGUUGAUAGAUGCGUUAUAGAUCUAGGUCAACAGCUUUUCUGUGAAUCUUGCGAUACGUAUUUCAACCUAAUCAACGAAUGUAACAUUGCCUUUACUUACACAAUAAUAACUACUUCCGCAUUGGAAAAUGAUGAUACUAUCGUACAACCAUCCGAUUUAAAUCGAUUAACGAUCGUAUCGCGGGAAGGUAAGGUCGAACCUAAAUCGUCAAUAAAUAUUACCUUGAACUAUCGACCGAUCUAUCUUGGACCAUUCAACGUUGAAUUUCGAUUGAAGGUAGCUCAUCUGGUACCACUUGUUAUGUCCGUGACGGGAGUAGGUAUUUACCCGCAAAUAUUCUUCGAUUUGCCUCAAAUCAUUGAUACCGAUAAGUAUCCACCGGAAUUAGGCUAUGAGGCACUUAGAUCUUUAUUUAUGGAAUUUAUCGUAGAUAGAGAUAAUUCAUCAUCCGAAGAAAAUAAAGAUAAUUUGAUUGACAACGAAUGGAUCAUGGUGUCGAUCGAUGAAACUUUCCCGACUAUAAUAGAUAUAAACAUGGCAUUCGAACACAUUGCAGCUCCUCGAAAAACAGCAAUCCCACAAAUGUUCUCCUUGGAAUACAUCAUUGACCUAGGAAAUGUGAUUAUUGGCCUUACUACUCAUUACUCCGCAAUAUUGAAUAAUUACGGUCCAAAGAUCGCAGAAGUCAAUAUGAAAAAAUCAAAGAAUAAGGAUGCACUAAUUAAUUCCGAGAUUGUAAUAGAAUUUAAAAAGAAUGUUAGUUUACUGGUAAAUCACUCCGUUCUCUUACAAAUCAUUUGUAAUCCUAUUGUGGCAAAAUAUACCGAACGAUACACAACGUUAGAACGUAUUAUUCAUCUAGAGGUGAUCCAUGGUUGUAUCAUUCCGGUGAUUAUAAAAGGAAUCAUAACUUAUCCUUACAUCACCGUCGAUAAAAAACAAUUAGAUUUCAACAAAGUUAUAAUUGGCGAAUGUUCGAUGAUGUGUUUAACAAUGAAGAAUGAGUAA